AUUGUGUUAUUUUAUCUCUACCAACACUUUAUUUUCACUUACACUUACGGCUCAACACCACAACGAGCCCCGUCGUCUCUUACAAAGCAAGCCAUUUUUAUCGACUUGCUCCAAAAAAGUCCGAAGAACAACGACCAAAUCGGCGGAUCUUCCUGUGGCUAUUUUCAGACACAGACACGCCUUAUCGGCCACGCUUGAAGCUUGCAGCCAAACAGCGUGCCAGACCUUAUCUCUGUGCAACAUUCCGGCGCCGUAACAGGUAUCUUACACCCCUUUCGGUUCAUCUGUGCCCCAUCAACAUCAAUUCUCUGCCCCUGAGCCCUACUACUGCUGCUGCUACUGUUGCUGCUGUUGUGUCCCCGCCUGUGGUUUCCGUUUUACAGCCCUUCCACCCCUCCACCAGCCAAAGACUCCUUUUUUUUAAUUCCUCCCGUUAGCCUUCCUGCGGCGAGGCGCAGGUUGAAGAAGCGUUCAGCGGAAGGCUGUGUCUGCUCGGGACAUGAACGAGAUGAGCAGGAUCGGGCCUUCCAGAGCUGAGCCAGGCUGGAAAGAUGAGGUUUCCUUAUCUCGGGCUCCGGCAGCGUGCCCUGGAUUCUGGAACACAUGUCUUGGCUUCCAGAAGCGGCAGCAACGAGGAGCAAGUACCGAACAGCGAAGAGCCGUGACACUUGAGAUGGCGAUCUGGGCUUUGUGAGAGCAUUUGCACUAAUACAAUCUUGUGCAGACGAAAACAAUCGAAACAGGACCCUCGGGAUUUGCUGUCUGGGAUAGAUCGGCACUUUUCCUGCUUUCGCGGCAUCAAACUCUAUUUUCACCGGGCAAGACUAGACUUUAAGCCGUCUUUGUCUCCUCACGGUCCGAAGCGACUGACACAUCGCCCGUCUUCAUCCAAGACACGACGAUAAAAAGGUAAACGAGACAUCUUUUUUUCCCCAUUGUAUGCACCUUAUCGCAGUUGCAUCGCCCCGCCGUGCCCGUCUCAUUCCGUCCAGGUUCAGGGACCCAGAAAACUAACAUUGCUCGAUGCAGCAUCUGCCGGGGCGCAUAUCGAAGAGAUACGAUACAAACCGAGUCUUGCGCCGCCGAAUAACACCUCGGGCUUGAUUCAGACCUCCAAGCGAGAGCCGCCAGGUACGUUCCAACGUUAUGCAUCCACCACCAGCAUGUCCCCCAUGUCACCACCUCUCCAGUCUGCACAAAUAUCUCCUCCUGGUAGCUCCAGGGCAAGAGGCAGGGGAAAAGGAACCCUCGAGGUUCUUAUCUCAGACGGACCCACACUAGCUGCACAGCAACAGCACAGCACAGAAGCACCCAAGGGAUGAGCAGGUGGCAGUACGGAGUACGAGCGUAGGUUUCAGUAGCGGUGAAGCAUGCUUUCGCAGCUUGUUUGAACGCAGCAGAACCACUCUCGGAGGCUAUACUCCCGGAAACGAAGAAGCACAGCUGCUCGCUCUGGCCGAGCUGCCGUCGAUGCUAUCUAAGUUGCCAUGUCACUCGCUCUCAUUCCUGGUCUCUUGUGCCACGCCGUCUGUGGCUUCUGCCUCUCCUAGUUCAUCCGAUGCCGGCAUCUCUUCCCAACAUCAAACCUGAUUGCCGCGAUCAGCUAUCGGGGUGAGCAGGUUCAAACGAGGCGAGGAGGGUCAUGGCAAGGGCCAACUGCGGCUCCCUCGCCGCUUCGACAACCACCAAAAGCACACACCGCGCCCAUGGUAUCAUACGCGCUCCGAUGCACUCUUACACACCUGCCAACAUGUCCCUCUACUCCUUUACAAAACUUGUGCUCGCUCCCCUCGAGCCCCCCAGCCUCUUCCCUUUCCGCUUUUCUCUUGCUCCUUAGAUCCUUCGUCAUUCCUCAGCCCUACCACCAACUUGCUCCUGCUCCCAAGCCACUCUCUCUUCGAGAUUUAGCACCAUGGAAGGCAUCAUGGUUGAGCCUGUGCUCGCCAGUCAUGUCGACCGUAUGCGCCGGGUGUCUAUCCUGACCAUCAAGACUAACCUUCCAAUGGACAGCUUUCCAGAGUAUCAGGACCCCUUUUCGUCCUCAGACGACACCAUGACUGAGUCUCCUAGCACCCUCAACCCAGCCAACAGGCUCGUUGAGAAGACCAGAGGCACAGAGGUUUCCCGACACCCAUCACCCCAGCCAACACACGUCAGCUAUCCCAAGAUGAACGGCAAUGGCCACAGAGUCUUGCGGUCGGCCACGGUUGGCUAUGUUGCCCCUGAAUUCAAGGGCAAGGCCGAGCAGAUGAAGCAAGUACGGGAAAUCAUCCUUAAGGGCGGUUGGAUUCCCGAGGCUCUCGUCGACGCUCAGAUCAUUUGGUUCUACAAUGAGCUGGCCAUCGACGAUGUCUACUUCCAGCUCGAGUCUCCUGAAGCCAUCAGCAACCACAUCACAUCGCUCUAUGCUGCCAAGGUAGCAGCCUUCUCUCGUGAGGACAAGCGUGAGGAGAUCCGGCUAGACAUGGAAGCCUCUGACCAUGCCAUCUACAUCGACACAAGCGAGCCCGGCAAGACCUCCAUCAACGGCCCAAGAUACGAGCACCGCCUCGAGUCCAAGUACUUGGAUGGUGGUGACACCUCGAAGCGCUUCCGCGUCGAGACUUUCCGGUCUCCCGGUGUUUUGGGACAAGACGCCAACUCCAAGGCCACUCUCCGCUGCUACUUCGUGUAUCAGUGCCAGUUUGUUGAUGCAAAUGCCGACCCAAUGGAGACCAGAUUGGAGGUUAUCAGCGACCGCAUGUUCCUCGCCAAGGCCACCAAGAACACCAAGGUGAUCUAUCAGGAGAUCAUCGAGAGCGCUGUCCGCCGUGCUGGUCCCGUUAUCGAGGUCUACGACAUUGAGGGGACUCCGGAGAAGAGAUUGGUCGUUGCUUUCCGCUCAAGAACUGCCAGGGGCAUCUUCAGCGCCCUGAGCGAUCUCUAUCACUACUAUGGCGUCACCAGCUCCCGCAAGUACGUCGAGCAGUUCUCCAACGGCAUCACCAUCAUCAGCAUCUACCUGCGACCCGCCUCCAACCUCGAGGGCAAGUUCCCAUCCAUCGAGGAGUCCAUCCACCAGAUCACCAAGGAGAUCUCCCUCCUAUACUGCAUUCCCCAGACCAAGCUGCAGGACAUGUUUGCCUCGGGCGAGCUCAGUUUGCAGGAGACCAUCUACGCUCACUCUGUGUGGGUCUUUGUGCAGCACUUCCUCAACCGUCUUGGAUCUGAGUAUGCUUCGCUAGUGGCGGCCCUCAAUCCCAAGAACAACUCGCACGCCGAGAUUCUGUCCAAGAUGAAGAAGCGUCUCCGCACUGAGACUUUUACGCCCGACUACAUCCUGGAGAUUAUCAAGUCUCAUCCCGGACUCGUCAGGGCUUUGUAUGCCUCCUUCGCCAAUGUGCACCUCAAGGUCGGCCCUGGUUUCGACCGCCACUUCAUUGCCCCCACGCCAGCCUUUGAGGUCCUCUCAGACGCCAAGCUCAAGGACAAGAUCACCAAGGACGUGAAUAACGAGCACGAAGAGAUGGUGAUGACUGCCUUCCGCGUCUUCAACAAUGCCGUCCUCAAGACCAACUACUUCACCCCUACCAAGGUCGCCCUCAGCUUCCGCCUCGACCCAAGCUUCCUGCCCGAGUUUGAGUACCCCAACCGUCUCUACGGUAUGUUCCUCGUCAUCUCUUCCGAGUCUCGCGGUUUCCACCUUCGCUUCAAGGACAUUGCCCGUGGCGGUAUCCGCAUUGUCAAGUCCCGCAGCAAGGAGGCCUACUCCAUCAACGCCCGCAACUUGUUCGAUGAGAACUACAAUCUCGCCAGCACCCAGCAGCGCAAGAACAAGGACAUUCCCGAAGGUGGCUCCAAGGGUGUCAUCUUGCUCGACCCCAAGCAGCAAGACAAGGCUCGUGAGGCUUUCGAGAAGUACAUUGACAGCAUUCUCGAUUUGCUCCUCAAGCCAGAGACCCCUGGCAUCAAGAACCCCAUUGUGGACCUCUACGGCAAGGAGGAGAUCCUCUUCAUGGGUCCCGACGAGAACACGGCCGACCUCGUCGAUUGGGCCACCGAGCACGCCCGCCAUCGCGGUGCUCCCUGGUGGAAGUCCUUCUUCACCGGCAAGUCCCCCAAACUGGGCGGUAUCCCCCACGACACCUACGGCAUGACCACUCUCUCGGUCCGCGAGUACGUCAAGGGUAUCUACCGCAAGCUCAACCUCGACCCCUCCACCGUCCGCAAGAUGCAGACUGGAGGCCCAGACGGUGAUCUCGGCUCCAACGAGAUCCUCCUCAGCAACGAAAAGUACACCGCCGUUGUCGAUGGCUCCGGUGUCCUUGUCGACCCCAACGGAAUCGACAAGGACGAGCUCCGCCGCCUGGCCAAGAACCGACAGAUGAUUGUCCACUUUGACCUGUCCAAGCUCUCCAAAGAUGGUUACCGUGUCCUUUGUGAGGAUGCCAACAUCACUCUCCCCACCGGCGAGGUCGUCAACAACGGCACUGCCUUCCGCAACACCUACCACCUCCGCGACACUGGCCUCACUGACAUGUUUGUCCCCUGCGGUGGCCGACCCGAGUCCAUCGACCUCGUCUCCGCCAACAAGCUCAUCAAGGACGGCAAGUGCACGGUCCCUUACAUCGUCGAAGGUGCCAACCUCUUCAUUACUCAAGACGCGAAACUUCGCCUCGAAGAGGCUGGUUGCAUCGUCUACAAGGACGCCUCGGCCAACAAGGGCGGUGUCACCUCGUCCUCUCUCGAGGUGCUGGCCUCCCUCUCCUUUGACGACGAGUCCUUCGUCAAGGACAUGUGCGUCGACAAGAAGGGCAACGCGCCCGAGUUCUACAAGGCGUACGUCAAGGCCGUGCAGGAAAAGAUUCAGGAGAACGCCAGGUUGGAGUUUGAGGCCAUCUGGGCUGAGCACCAGAAGACCAAGGUGCCUCGUUCCAUUCUGUCUGAUAAGCUGUCGCAGGCGAUUACCAGUCUGGAUGAGCAGCUCCAGCACAGCGAUCUGUGGGAGAAUGAGGCGCUCAGGAACAGUGUCUUGGCGGACGCGCUGCCGAACUUGUUGAUUGAGAAGAUUGGGUUGGAGACGAUCAUCAAGCGGGUGCCGGAUAGCUACCUGAGGGCCAUCUUUGGGAGUUAUGUGGCGAGUCGGUUCGUGUAUGAGUUUGGGAGUGGGGCGGGGCAGUUUGCGUUCUAUGAUUUCAUGUCGAAGAGGAUGGCCAAGGUCCAGCAGCAGCAGAAGGCUUAGGGUUUGGGCAUUUUAGGAUUUUGGAGCGAGCAUUGCUUUACUUGAUGUUUUACUUUUGAGCGUUUCUUGAUUUGGGGGGGAAGGGGUCUGUUUAAUGGGGGUUUUUUUUCAUGGCGAAUUGGGGCGUAAAAUAAUCUUCAAAAGCAAAAGAACAGAAGGCGCUCGUUCACAAGAGCAGAAGAGAGUCAGUCAUAGAGAAAAAAGACGCUAGGCAUGGAAUAUUUACAGGUCGAGACAUUAUUUUUUGCAGUUUUUUCUUUGGUUAUUUGUGUUUCGAGGCUUUGUCCCUGAAUCGAAUCGUUUUGAAGCUGGAUCAUAGAAGAGAGGGAUAGACAUGGCGUAUGAUGAUGGACUUGGAUUUUUGUUUAAUGAGACAGAUAGGUUGUCGGGAGUCGAAGAGAUACAUACAUACACUUUGGAUGAGGACAUCAGCAAUGGGAACAAUGCUACCAAAAUGCCAACCUCGGUGAUAGUGAGCAUGUUUCCUGAGUCA